GUUCCCGGCCACGCCCGCGCGAGCUCUCUUCUCGCGAGGCCGGCUAGGCCCGAAUGUCGUUAGCCGUGGGGAAAGAUGGCGGAAAAUUUAAAAGGCUGCAGUGUGUGUUGCAAGUCUUCUUGGAAUCAACUGCAGGACCUGUGCCGCCUGGCCAAGCUCUCCUGUCCUGCCCUUGGCAUCUCUAAGAGGAACCUCUAUGAUUUUGAAGUCGAGUACCUGUGUGAUUACAAGAAGAUCCGCGAACAGGAGUACUACCUGGUAAAGUGGCGCGGAUACCCAGACUCAGAGAGCACCUGGGAGCCCCGACAGAAUCUCAAGUGCGUGCGCAUCCUCAAGCAGUUCCACAAGGACUUAGAAAGGGAGCUGCUGCGGCGGCACCACCGGUCAAAGCCACCCCGGCACCUGGACCCAAGCUUGGCCAACUAUUUGGUACAGAAAGCCAAGCAGAGGCGGGCGCUUCGGCGCUGGGAGCAGGAGCUCAAUGCCAAGCGCAACCAUCUGGGACGCAUCACAGUGGAGAAUGAGGUGGACCUCGACGGCCCCCCACGGGCCUUUGUGUACAUCAACGAGUACCGGGUUGGGGAGGGCAUCACCCUCAACCAGGUAGCCGUGGGCUGCGAGUGCCAGGACUGUCUGUCGGCACCUGCUGGAGGCUGCUGCCCUGGGGCGUCCCUGCACAAGUUUGCCUACAAUGACCAGGGCCAGGUGCGGCUACGAGCCGGGCUGCCCAUCUAUGAGUGCAACUCCCGCUGUCGCUGUGGCUAUGACUGCCCCAAUCGCGUGGUACAGAAGGGCAUCCGCUAUGACCUCUGCAUCUUCCGCACAGAUGAUGGGCGUGGCUGGGGUGUGCGCACGCUGGAGAAGAUCCGCAAGAACAGCUUCGUCAUGGAGUACGUGGGAGAGAUCAUUACCUCAGAGGAGGCCGAACGGCGGGGCCAGAUCUACGACCGCCAGGGCGCCACCUACCUCUUCGACCUGGACUAUGUGGAGGACGUGUAUACCGUGGAUGCCGCCUAUUAUGGCAACAUCUCCCACUUUGUCAACCAUAGUUGUGACCCCAACCUGCAGGUGUACAACGUCUUCAUAGACAACCUUGACGAACGGCUGCCCCGCAUUGCUUUCUUUGCCACAAGAACCAUCCGGGCAGGCGAGGAGCUCACCUUUGAUUACAACAUGCAAGUGGACCCCGUGGACAUGGAGAGCACUCGCAUGGACUCCAACUUUGGCCUGGCUGGCCUCCCCGGCUCCCCCAAGAAGCGGGUCCGUAUUGAAUGCAAGUGUGGGACUGAAUCCUGCCGCAAAUACCUCUUCUAGCCCUUGGAAGUCUGAUGCCAGACUGACUGAGGGGGCCUGAAGCUGCCCACCCCUCCCCCACUGCUGCCCUCCUGUCGGGGAAUGACUGCCAGGGCCUCACCUGCCUCCACCUGCCCCCGCCUGCUCCAGCUGCUCCAGGGUCAGGGCUAUGGUGAGGACAACUCCAGGUGUCCCCUUUCCCUGCCCCGACUCCACCUGUGGGUUGCACUUAGAAGCCCCGCCCACCUUUUGACGCCAGGGCUUUCUGCAGUUGGGAUUCGGGGCCCAUGCAGGAGGUCCACUGGGGGUAUGCUCCAGCCCAGCUCCCCCAAAAAGAUGUGUGUUUUUGCACCUGCUUCUGCCUGGAGCUCGAGGAGUCCGUUGCAGGCCUCCUCCCUGCUGCCCCAACAGCAUGGGGAAAUAACCCCCAGGGCGGGCCCACACAUCAGAGCCCAGCGCCCCCAGCCUGACAGGAAGCUGCUUCCUCGCCACAGAAGCUUUGUCCUAGUGCAAGAAAAGGGGCUCAUUCUGCUUCCCACACUGCCUACUGUUGGCCCUAAGAGCUGGCCAGGCUCUGCAGGGCUGCGUGUCUGAGAAGUGGACACCCACAUGCCAGGGGAAGGGGAGUGGGUGCCGGUGGCCCACUGGCCAGCGAAAGAAAGGAAGCCCAGACCUUGCCAGCCCUGGCAGUGGGCUGGAACCGAGCUCUGCUUUCACGGAGUACAGAGGGAGAUGCCCAGGGGCUCUCGGGAGCCCUGCCCUGGGGCACGACGCCUGCUGGAAGAGCUGGAAGCAAGACCUAGAUAAUCGGUAGAUAGCACUUAGGACAAUGAUGUGCAUUGACUGGGAGGGCGCUGAGGAGGUGCCAGGCACUGGGUAGGGCACCUGGUCCCCGUGGAUUGUCUCAGGGAAGCCUUGAAAACCACGGAGGUGGAUCCCAGGAAAGGGCCCGUGUGGCAGAAGGUGGAGUACAGGCCGGACAUGGGGGGAGGGGAAGGGGAAGUGUCCCUGUCAGGACUUGGUGAGGUGAGAGGGAAGCCACUGCUGCCUGCCAGCCCCAGCUCCAGCCCCAGCCCCAGCCCUUCGCACUCAGCCUGGGCCCACUGCUCUCAGAAGUUACCUGCCUCCCAAUGUACAAAAGGCCAAGGUUCUGAUGGCUGCCUCGCCCCUCGCUCCCCGCUCCCCCGCGCCCCCGCGCCACGAGGUCUUCUCUAGGAAGCCUUUCCUGACUACCUGUGCCCAAGUGCCCCUCUGUGAGACUAUGUGCCCUGCUAUCAGAUGCCAGGUCUGUGUGUUCGUCUGUGUGUCCGUCCUGUCCCUCCCUACUCCUUAGAUGGACCUUCAGGCAUGGACUGAAUCUGGUUUUCCUCUUGUGUAGCCCUCAGCCCUACCCAGCUUGGAGUAGGCAUCAAUAAAGUGAGAUGUUGACCGAACAAGGUAUGGAAGAUUGAGGAGCGUG